GAGAUCAAGAAGCUCACCGACAAGGGUGAUCUUGAGAAGGCUGCCAAGCUGGAAAGCCGACGCCCCUUGCACGUCGACAACGUUUGCCGUAUCGCUGAGGAGCGCACCAUCAUCCAGUCUGGCGACGGCUCCAAGAAAGAUCGGCUUAAGAAAGGAGAAGAGUUCAGCGUGGAUGAGUAUACCAUGUUCAAGCAAGACAACCAGAGACUUCUCGACAAAUUUGCAGAAGCUGACUGGGAGACUUCAGAGGGGCUUCUGAAAGAGUACGGGCACAUCCUCAUGGAGAGUUAUGCAAACAGCUACUUCAUGCUGGAAGCCUUGGAUGCCGAGAUGCGCGGGGAAAGGUCUCUUAUGCUGAAAUUGGGCCGCCAGGGGCAGAUCCUCUCGCAGAUUCAUCAACUGGCGGAGCCAAUGAAGCGACCACCUCGAGACUUGGUGCCACGCUUCUUCGAGCGCUUCGAGCACGUGACUUCGCGGGCUGCAUUCGAAGAAGGGGUGAGCCAUUUCACUGCAAACAUCAUCCAAAGAGCAGUGGUCAAGAAGGAGGAGGAGGCCAAGAAGCAAGCGGAGGCUGAGACUGAAGUGACUGAAGGUCUGGAGGCCAAGCCGCUUGUGGAGGCAAUGCACGACAUGCCAAAGGAAGAUCGCCUGGGUCCGGGCGGCCUGGACCCCGUUGAGGUUUUCGCAGCACUCCCGGAGGCAUUGCAGCGCUGCUUCAAAGAAGGCGACGUGGAGCUGCUAAAGCAAGUGGCUCAGGAGAUGCCGGAGGAGGAAUUCGAGAUGUACUUCCAGCAAUGUAUCGACUCCGGUCUUUGGCGUCCUGGCUGA